GAUGGCUUCGUAUAGUCGUUUCGGAUGUAGUAAUAGUAUGAUGAUUUGUCCAUCUUCUAGUACAGUAACAGAAUCUGUAUCUUCCGAUGUGGAAGUGGACCACGAGGAUUCUCAACCUGAUGUAAGAUUACCGUCACAGCUCAGUUCCUUAACAGCACUAUUUGAUAGGCCAUUGCCACCUCCCACGACGUCGACCAUGAGUAUUUUUUGUAAAAGUAAAAGCCACUAAUAAUUUAUCCUCUUAUUUUUUAUUUUACUGGGUCCGUCCUCCUGCGUCCUCCUCGUUGUGUAUCUUCUUAGAAGCCUCAAGAUGGCAGCCGUUCCUCAGCAUUUGCAAAAUAUCCGAGCCUAUUCGCCAACAGCGAGAGCGGAACUUCGUGCUUUCAAACGAUGGGGUGACAGUUUUUGUGACGGUUAUGGAUAGUUUUUUUAUCACCUCGUGUGGAACAGGUGGACUAGUAUUCAUUGUGAGUGAAUAUGUUGGAUCCCCUUUUGAGUCUUUACCGUUGCUUUCCAAUGAGGAAGGGUCGGUUAACGGUUAGGUUAGUCAGGGCCUCUAGAUUUAGGGCUGAGGAGCUCAGCCUUAGGGUUUUCAGAUUAGCUACGCUUCUUAGACUUAGGGUUUUUAGAUUUGAAGAGGUAGAAAUUACUCCACUAGGACUAAGAGUUAUGAUGGAACACUGGCUCUAAGGCGGAGACGAAUACCCCGAAAUCAACCCGAAUAGUGAGCGAUAAGUCUCAGUGUGGGUGAUAGGAACAGACCUGAAUAUUUUCAAAAAAGAGAAAAAUGAAAAUGAUCAAAUUUUUCAGUCAGAGUAGUAGUAUCACCUCUUAGUCGGUCUGACGACCACCUGCUUUCGAGUGUGAGGAAAACAUCAAAGUUUUUACAUCCGUCACCUUGCACCUUGGCGGUGUGAAUAGAGUAGAGAUACUUGUAGUCAGUGUCAGUCCCCCAUAAUCAUGAACCCGUUCAGAUUCUUACUUCUUGUUGUCCCGUCACCCUCUAUUUCGAAGGAGCGCAUCCCGCAAAAAUCGUGUGGAAUCGAACGAAGCUUCAUGUUCAUUAGAUAGGUUGUUUGGAAUCUACUAGUCGAUGUAAAAGUAGGGUACUAAAUGUUUGAGUCAAUCUGUUUCUGUAUGUUUUUUUUUUGUACCUGGGUCGAUCCACGUGAAUACAACUAAGAAAGCAGAAACUUCCUGGAAUCUUCCCAGAAUCUUCCCGUAUGUUUCCCAUCUUCUCGCUAGCAACGGCCGCGGAAUCUUUCCAGAAACUUACCCCAGCCACGACUGGAAAACUUUCCGGAAACUUCCCAGAACCUUCCGAAAAGUCGCAAAGUAGAUGCAAAACAGACGGAGUAAGUGUUUGGGUCAAUCAGUUGCGUUUGUGUAAUAAAUUAUAAGCGAGACCAACGCGCCCAACAUGGCUGCCUCAGCCGUCGCUGCAACCGGCGGGUUUCUCUCGGGCGUUUGCCUAGCGCCAGUCCGUUUCGCAGGCACAAAAACUACAGGUGUCAUGUGCAUUUCUGUGGUAGGUGUGGGAGCAGUCGUAGCUACUCUCUUGCGCGCAAGGCUGCGGCUUAUUGUUAAGGGCGAUCACACUGCAAUGCGUUUUGCCAGCAGCUGAGAUUCUUCCUAAAAAAGCACUGACUUGCUGGCUUUCUAGAAGUGCACUGAAUACUGAAAACAAAGACAGCGCAUAGGCUUCGUAAUGUAGUACGACACUGCUCUUCAUCUAACAUCAAUCCAGCGAGAAAAGGAAAGCGUUGACACCGGGGCACCGUAGACACAAAAUAGCCACGACACAAAGGUCAACUCCCACAACAAAUGCCCAGCCAGGCCAAUGGCGAUCCCUUUCCCUUCCGACUACCUCAAUAUCCCUGCCGAGACAAGAAGGUCAGAAGGGGAGGAAAGACAGGUCGCUAAGCUGGUUGCCCCAAAAAUCAAACAGCCAGCGAGAAAAGGAAAGCGUUGACAUUGGGGAAACUGGAGUACGUGAAUGUCACAAGCGCACUGAUUAAGGCCUCCCCUAAUCCAUGCUCCGAUGUAUGAAGCAUUUUAGAGAAGGCUCACUUUUUCUGAGAAAAAAAAUAGUCUACCCAGGAUCGAUGGUCUUCGAGAUGGCGUAGGGUGAGCGCCAAUUCAACUGGCGUGCGCAAACAAGAAUUGGGACCACAGAUGCUUUUUUUUAGCACCUUGGUGUAGCCGAUGACUCAAG